AUGCCCACCAAGUUCAUCGUCGGCGAUCUCGACCUGACCUACCACAACCCGGGUGUCCAGAACUUCAUCCACAGGGGCGGGUUCAAGAAGUUCAUCCCCUUGCUGGAGGAGGUGGUGGUGAUGAAGGGAGUCGACCACUUCAUCAACCAAGAAAAGCCCUGUGAGACCACCGACCACAUCUUCGACUUCAUCCGGAAGUUGUGA